AUGACAGACUGGUUUAUCGGCACUGACCCCAUGAAUAAAAUUAUUGAAGGUUUAUACCUCGGAAAUUAUCUUGCUUCAAGUGACAAGAAAUUACUCAAGAAGCAUGGCAUAACCCAUAUUCUUAGGGUUGUUAGAGAAGAUAUUGGAGAAGUCUUCCCGAAAGACUUCACCUAUAAGUUCAUGGAGCUUAGAGAUAUCCCAGAACAGGAUAUCAAGACUCACUUUGAAGAAGCUCAUAAGUUCAUUGAUAACGCUCUCAGAUGCUCCAAAGACUUAAAAUCUCACAAUAAAGUUCUAGUGCACUGCCAUGCAGGUGUGAGCAGAAGUUCGACUAUGGUAAUAAGUUAUCUGAUGAAGAGAUAUAUUAAUUUUUCAUUCGAAGAAGCAUUCAGAUUUGUGAAAUCAAAGAGAUCAAUUAUCCAACCUAACUCAGGUUUCAUAAAGCAACUGAAAGAGUUUGAGAAGCAAUUAAAGUCUAAGGUUUCAAGUCCAUCCUCUGUUUCAUCCUGCUCAAGCCAAUUUUCAAGAGAAAGCUCCACAAGAGACUCAAUCGAUUAUCUGAACACAAAGAUUGAUCAAUAUAAGAUGUCUAAGGUUGCCAGUAUGCCUAGCUUGCAUAGGGUAAAGCAUGCUCAUCCUAUCAAAAGGGCUAGUGGUCCUCUUCCUGUGAACACUCCUUUCAUAAAUAUGGAAGGUCAAAAAUUAGCUUCAACGAUAAAUGAGCAGAAUCUGUAUUCACCAGGUUCUGCGCCUUCAAAAAGUUAUGCACGCACUCCGAGCGUGCUUAGCAAGAGUGGGCUUGAUAUAGUAUCAAAGGCAAGAAUAACUCCAAGAUCAUCUCAUUCAGGCCCGGUUAAGGUCCAUCCAAGCGUUUAUAAUAGCCAUAACUAUAAGAAAUCGCAGUUUUCAAAGGAAAAGAAUUUCUACAGAAGCGCUGGUAAUGAAAUCCAGUACCAAAAGAAUUUCAUAACUCCUCAAACAAUCCCAAUAAAUAGAGCAGAAAUUGACAGUUUCGGUAACAAAAGUGCUGGCAGAUAUAUCCCGACACACAGCAAUGCUCCAUCCUGGAACAUCUCUGAGCUUCAAAGAGUCUCACGAAGACCUUCCUUGUUCAGGUCCAUGACAAUGAAGGAAAUCCCACAACUUAACAAGAAGAGGGUAACUUUUGACCUCUAAUAGGUCCUAUAUCCCAAACGAGCUUAAUUUAAUAAAUUUUUCACUAUAAAA